GUUGUGACGGAUAGCUAGGCUAGUUAGCUAUGUUAGCCUCGGCAGAAUUGAAUACCAAUGAACGUGGGCAGUCUUGACACGUAGCAGUUAACACGGGCAGAAGACAGUGGAUAAAAUCCAGGAUAUGCACGAAUGUAAAUCGGGCUGUCGUAGUACGCACUCGGCAGGUUGUUUGUGGAAUGUUUUAUUGCAUAUUUAGAUAUCUACUUGAUGGAUUCCAUUGAACAUUAUUAUUAGAAUGCAACCAACUGCCUCAAUCACUGAAGACUGUUUGACAAAGUAUCACCUUGCUUGACAGAACAGGUGCUUCUUGUGAAGGAGACCUCCAAACUGUCCUCGAUUUACUGAACUGGAAAGCAAAAUGAAGACAUCCCAGACCAUAAAUCAUGACUCUGGUUUACCUGUCGAUUUUUGACAGACGUAUAAAAUAAUCACUUGAUGUUUCGGUGUGUGUCUGCAGGAUACUGACUCUUUCUUUCUCUCUCUCUCUCUCUCUCACACACACACACACACACACACACACACACACACUAAAGGACAACUUCUUGUAUCAAUCCAGAGUUCCCAAAGAGGACCGUCAAAAUGUUUUCGGCUCUUAAGAAGCUGGUGGGCACCGAGCCUGGCCAGCUAGGAAACAAAAGCAUUCCAGCUGGUUUGCAGUCAAUGAACCAGAGCCUACAGAGAAGGUUUGCCAAGGGAGUACAGUAUAACAUGAAGAUCAUCAUCCGUGGAGACCGGAACACCGGAAAGAGUGCCCUAUGGCACCGACUACAGGGGAAGAAGUUUCUGGAAGAGUACAUCCCCACACAAGAAAUCCAGGUCUCCAGCAUCCACUGGAACUAUAAAACGACAGACGACGUUGUCAAGGUGGAAGUUUGGGACGUGGUGGACAAAGCAGGGAAAGGCAAGAAGCGAGGAGAAAUGCUGAAAACGGAGAAUGAACCCCUGGAGAAUGAGACUGAGAUGGCUCUGGAUGCAGAGUUUCUGGACGUGUACAAGAACUGCAAUGGAGUCAUCAUGAUGUUCGACAUCACCAAACAAUGGACAUUUGACUACAUCGUGCGGGAGCUGCCCAAAGUGCCUACCCACGUGCCUGUCUGUGUGUUGGGCAACCAGAGGGACAUGGGCGAACACCGGGUCAUCCUACCCGACGACACCCGAGAGUUCCUCUGUCACCUCAACAGGCCUCCAGGUUCUUCUUACAUCCACUACGCUGAAUCUUCAAUGAAGAAUGGCUUUGGCCUCAAGUACCUGCACCGCUUCUUCAAUAUCCCCUUCUUACAGCUGCAGAGGGAGACCCUGCUGAGACAACUGGAGACCAACCAGCUGGACAUAGACGCUACUCUGGAGGAGCUCAAUGUUCAGCAGGAGACUGAGGACCAGAACUAUGGCAUUUUCCUGGAGAUGAUGGAAGCCAGAAACAAAGCUGGCUUCAGCUCCCCGGGGGGCCCUUCCAACGGCCAGAGCCCCUCCUCAGGCUCCCAGUCCCCCAUCGUCCCGCAGAGCGGGCCCUCUACUCCUGGGGCCUGUCCCAGCCCCUGCACCCCCCAGCAACCCCCUCUCCCACCCCAGCCCCUAACUAUAUCCAACCCUAUCCCCAGGUCAGUUCAGGGUCCCCCCUCCUACACCAACCCUAACCUUAACCCCUGUCCCCCUCUCCAGAACACUGCACUCCCUAGGGGUCCAGGUUACCCACAGCAGCCCCCGGCCCCCCAGCCGCUGCCCCCAACCCCUCAGGGGCUCCACCAUGGGGGAACCACACCUGUCCUGACCCCCCAGUCACCAAGUGUCACCCAGGCCCCCCCUGCCCAGAAGAGAGGCUUCAUGUCGCGCCUCUUUGGAUCAGCCACCUCUGAGGCUCCUGCUGAUGGCACAGACGAGAAGGUGCGGAAUGUGGAUGACUUUGUUCCCGAUGUGGGCACGGCCCGUAGCUUCCCGGAGGCUGCUGCCAAAGCCAAGGAGAAAGCUGGAAGAGCAGGCAACAUGGACAGUGACAGUGACGGUGAGGGCCGAGGGGGGAACCCCAUGGUGUCAGGGUUCCAGGACGAUUUUGCCCCAGAUGAGCUGUGCCAGUCUGUGCCCAAAUCUGUGCCCAAGGCAGCCACCGUCCCCAGCAUGGGCAUCACCCUGACCAGCGAUGAAGAAGAUGAGGGGACGAAGGCACUUAACGUCGUCCAGGACGGUGGAUCGGACAGAAGGAGAUCCUCCAACGCUUUGAAGACUCUCAACAAGACCGGAGAAGCCAAGAAACCAGCGGGCUUAAAGAUGUCGUCCGAGCCCGUCUCAUUCCUGAACCCGACCCUAGCCCCGGUGCAGUCCAUGCAGGCAGGCAAGAAGAAGGGAGGGGAGGAAUCCUCCCACUCAGACCAAGAAGCUCCAGGGGACGAUCAGAUGCUCUCCUUCGUCAUGGAUGAACCAGAUUAUGAGGACGAGGAGUUUGAGAAGCCCAAGAAAAAGAAGCCUUCGGCUGUACUGGAGGACCUGAAGCUGGUCCAGCCCUCUGUCCUCCCGAUCAAGAGCGACGACCUGGACCUGUUUGGACUGGGAUUCCAGGAUGUGGCGCCCAAGAGCAAGGAAAGCAGUGAGGACCAAGAUGACCGAGAAAGUAGAUCCUCAACAAAGGACAAGAAGAAGAAGAAGAAGAAAAGCAAGGAGGAGGACGACAAAAGCAGCAAGAAACGACACAAACAGAAGAAAAAGGAGGAGUCAGGCAGCGGGGACGAGAAAGAGAAGAAAAAGAAGAAGUCAAAGUCGACCAAGAAAGCCGGAGGCGUGGUUGACGACCUGGAGUCUUUUCUCGCCGGAGACGUAGACUACGAGGAGAUGUAGAAUAUCCCCCCCCAGCAUCCAAUCAGGACUACGUUCUACUUCAGCAUUCUAGGGUCAGGAUGUAGCCAUGAAGACGAGAGAAUGCGUCGACUGACUGGCUGAGUGAUCGAAGACUGCAUAUCUCAUUGGGUGAUUGUUAUUCCCCACUUCCUGACGUUGUGGGGCCUCUACAGUGGUUAGAUUUUGAUCAUUUGUGAUUGACAUUGACGUUGUUUGUUUUGCUUACCCUUUUACUGUACAUGCAACACUACCGUCAUACAACAACACUACUGCAAAACUGUAGCUGGUAUAUCCAGGUUUUGAGUUUACGCUCAAGAGGACAAAACCACCAUUACUGUGAUGUUUCCACGGUCGAAUACACUUGGGUACACUCACUGCAAUGUCUUUGCUAUUCCAUUUGUCUUUUUCCAUUGGGACUGCUUUCUGGGAAAGUCUUUAGAACUGACCCUAGUACGGAGUUGUGACUAUUUCUAUUUGGGAGCGCUCUCCUUUACACUGACCAGUGUUCAGGAGUCGGGGGACGUGUGUGCAUUCAUUAUGAAUUAUGUUGAACAUUGCUUCAGCAGCGAUAUAAAUGUUAUUUAUGUUUAUCUGGUGUUGGCUUUUCGAACUACGACUAUGUCUAGGUACAGUAGGAGUUUGUGAGUGUUUACUAAACAAGACAUUUUGGGAGUUUCUCUGAACUAAUUCAGCAAAUUUCACUGUGCAUGAUCAUUUUGUUUUGGUUUGAUGUCAAUGCCUUAAGGAAAGCUUUACUUUAACACUGGAAAGGGUUACUUUAACACUGGAAAGGGUUACUUUAACACUGGAAAGGGUUACUUUAACACUGGAAAGGGUUACUUUAACACUGGAAAGGGUUAAUUUAACACUGGAAAGGGUUACUUUAACACUGGAAAGGGUUACUUUAACACUGGAAAGGGUUACUUUAACACUGGAAAGGGUUAAUUUAACACUGGAAAGGGUUAAUUUAACACUGGAAAGGGUUACUUUAACACUGGAAAGGGUUACUUUAACACUGGAAAGGGUUACUUUAACACUGGAAAGGGUUACUUUAACACUGGAAAGGGUUAAUUUAACACUGGAAAGGGUUACUUUAACACUGGAAAGGGUUACUUUAACACUGGAAAGGGUUACUUUAACAGUGGAAAGUGGCGAUAUGAAUGCCUUUUAGUAGUAGAGAUCUGAUUGUUCAAUGAUGAGGUCAUUCUGGCAAAACACAAUGCAAGGGAAGCCAAGAUACAAUGUUUUUUUCCCAACCUGCUGUUCUGUUAAGUCAUGUUGUUGUUUUUACUAUGGGGCAGUUGUACAAUGUCAUUUGACGUUUUUUUCUCAUUUCUUCCGUUAACCAAAUGAUGUGUUUCUUGAAGACAUGUUUUAAUAUUUUAUUUUACACUAGUUUGCUUGGAUCCUAUUUCUUGAUGUUGCUGAGCACCAUGUGGGAUGGUUUUGCUGUGUAGAGUGAUAUCUCAUAGCCCUUACUGAACUUGUUUACUUUACUGUAGGGGAGUGUGGAAGUCUGCUCGUCAGUCAUAACUACACACUACUAUCUAUCUACACUCCGAUCCAGGGGAUGUUUACAACAAAGUAAAUGGCCUAAAGCUAUUCAUUCCACCUUAAGUCCCCUUAGAAAGAAUUGACAAAAUAUCAGGAAUGUAUUUAGAUAUCAUACAAGUAUGCAUUGUUACCAUUCCAUAUUUAUUUUGAAAUAUUAAGAAAAUAUUUUUGGACAUUAAACAAAUCCCAUGUUAAUAUAUCCAUUAUAGAAAAGUAUAUGCACAAAUAUUUAUUCAUUAAUUUGUACUGCAUAUUUCUCUGUGUGUUUUUACCUUGCUCCUCUCUGUUGUCUCUAAAAUAGGUAUUUUGGACUGUCUUUAAAAGAGACACUACAUAUCCAAUUCCACCCAGCCAUCUAGGUGCCGUGACUGCAGUUUACUGCUAGUUAGGUAUCCUUACCACUGCCUCACUGUAUAUCAUCAGGGAGAACAUGCAACAUUUCCAGACUGUGUAUCGGAACCUACUGUACAUCAAUAGAACUCUUACUUACAUCAAUAGAACUGUUUCACCAAUAGAACUGUUUUACCAAUAGAACUGUUUCACCAAUAGAACUGUUUCAUCAAUAGAACUGUUUCAUCAAUAGAACUGUUCCAUCAAUAGAACUGUUCCAUCAAUAGAACUGUUUCAUCAAUAGAACUGUUCCAUCAAUAGAACUGUUUCACCAAUAGAACUGUUUUACCAAUAGAACUGUUUCAUCAAUAGAACUGUUUUACCAAUAGAACUGUUUCAUCAAUAGAACUGUUCCAUCAAUAGAACUGUUCCAUCAAUAGAACUGUUUCAUCAAUAGAACUGUUCCAUCAAUAGAACUGUUUCACCAAUAGAACUGUUUUACCAAUAGAACUGUUUCACCAAUAGAACUGUUUCAUCAAUAGAACUGUUUCAUCAACAGAACUGUUCCAUCAAUAGAACUCUUACUUACAUCAAUAGAACUGUUUCAUCAAUAGAACUGUUCCAUCAAUAGAACUCUUACUUUCAUCAAUAGAACUGUUUCAUCAAUAGAACUGUUCCAUCAAUAGAACUCUUACUUCCAUCAAUAGAACUGUCCCAAGAGACGGCUCUGCGAGCGUUUGUUGAAUCAGGUAGACCUCUAGCUCUGUCUUUCCCCGACCGCUCAUAUAUCCUUGGUUCUCUCUGGUUGAAGGCGGUAUACUCUGGGGACACCGGGGUCCCCUCAGACCUUAUCCCCUCUUCUGGCUUAGUCCUCUUUCUCACCCAAGGGAGUGAUGCCAUUUUUUGCUGUAGCCUAACCCUCCCAGCUGGCUUGACGGGAGGGAACCCAAUGUGGCGAGGUGGACUCCCAGUCUGACCAUAGGGUCAUCCUCAGUGUUUCCCCCUCAUGCAGCUGUCUGCCUGUCAGGCUAGCUGCUAGGCCAGGGCACCCACCCCUACCGCUCACUAUGGAGCAAAUCCUAACUUCCUCUCCAGUCGAAUAAUGUCAGUUGGUGUCCUGUUGACAUUAACGCAUGACUAAGUGAACAUUUUGCUUAAGUGGAAGUUAGGAGUCACCCCUAUGAAAGUAAAAUCCCAGGCGAGCCAUGUCAACUCGUCAAAUAGUCCCUGUGCAUGAGCGUCACUGUGAGAAACAACAACACACCUGGCUGUACCACUGUAGAAUUAGAAUUUGUAGAACAGACAUUGUUAGUGCAUACAUUAUGGAGGAAUAGUGUCUUUUCUAGGCAUUCUAAUUCUGUGUUUAUGUAAUAUAACCCAGUCCUACUCAGACCUGUUUUGUUUUUUGGUGGUUGAUUUUGUUUCAUUGAAUUAUUCUGCUUUUUGUUCAAUGAUGUGUGAAGGAAUUUGUUUUGAUUCAUGUAGAUCAAACCAAUGCAACUUUUUGUUUACUGCUUUUUCUGUGGUAUGAUGUCUUCUGGGUAAAGUUCAAACAGGAACCAUCCAAAUCAUGCAAACUGCCAGUGAAAUGUGGCAACAAGCGAACUUGAGAUUGCUGUUACCUCUUGGUUACAUCUUCCAAAAAAUUCCACCUUGAUUGUAAAUGUAAUAUCCGUUGUGCAUUGUCUUCAUCUUGCUCCCUGCAUAUUGUCUUUGUUUAGGUAGUUGUGUGUAUAGUUGAUUGAACUGUUGGUUGAAUUUGGUCUGUUUAUGUGUAUGCAUCUGAAUAUAUUGAGAGAUGGUGGGCAACUGGGGGCGGGGAAGAGAUUAUUUUGACAUUCCUCUUACGCAUCUAAGUGAUAAAAUUGUCUAAUAAAUGCAAAAAUACUUUCAUUUUUUGCCACAAAAUUUCAUGAA